CAAUUCAAUAAUUCAAUUCAUCUCAUUUUUUCCCACAAGGAAGAGAAAACAAGAUGUCAGUUCUUCAAUUAGGAGGAAAGAUACCUUGUAAAAAGCCGACGUGAUACAUAGUUUUAAACACAAAUAGGAAACUGAGAGGUUGAAAAUGAUUCUUUAAAUAUUGUAUGGUCAGAAAACAUUCAAGGCCAUUAUGGCAGAGACACUGAAUACAGAAAUGGUUGACACAAGACUUGACAGUCUAAUUGCAGAGAUUGAGUCAAGUGAUGCACCUAUUGGUCCAGUUCUGAGAUCAGUGUAUGAUGAAUGUAUCCAGCAGCAGUUCCUUUCAAAGCUUGAUGACAGAAUCAAAACACAUGACAAAGAAAUAGAGAGAAUGUGUAAUUAUAAUUACCAAGGAUUUGUCGAGUCUGUCAAUGAACUGAUCAAAGUGAGGUCUGAUGCAAGGACUUUAAAGGUCCAGGUAAAAAAAGCAGAUGAUAGAAUGCAGAGUUCUGGUGGUGAGCUUGUUGCUAAACUGGAACAGCUAGAAAGUUGUCGAGUGGUACAAAAAAAUAUUGCUGCUACUAUAGAGACCCUGAGCCUUUGCUUGCCAGUUUUGGAAAUGUUUUCAAAGUUGAAGGAGCAAAAAACAAGCAAAAAGUACUACUUGGCUUUGCGAACUCUUGAACAGCUCGAACAAACGUAUUUAGCUAGGAGCAAAAAUUUUAGGUUUACGGAAAUAAUGAAAAGCCAACUGCCUGCGUUUCGUGAAGGAAUCAAACAUUCUGCAAUGGAAGAUCUCAUGUUGUUCUUGGAAAAUGUACGUGCUAAAUCUGAGAAGCUCGGGAGCAUUGCAAUGAGACAGGCACAUCAGCAGUACAGUCUGACCUUAUUGCACGGUGUAGAUGUUAGCACAGAUGACGAUGAGGAAGUGGAUUUAUGUCCAGCUGAUCUGGUUGAUUUCUCGCCCGUCUACAGAUGCCUUCAUAUCUUCACAGCAUUGGGUGAGCGAGAACAUUUUGAAAGACAUUACAAAAGAGAAAGAAAACAGCAAUCUCGACUAGCUUUUGACUGGCAAAGUGCUGGCUCUCAUAAUAUUCAUGAAAGUUUAGACGCCUUCCAAUCCUACUUUCACGUCAUCGUGGGCUUUUUCUUAGUGGAGGAUACGGUCAUGACAACAACUCAAGGUGUAGUCACAAGGGGAACUGUGGACGAAUUAUGGGAACAUGCUAUUCCAAAGAUCAGGUCGGAUCUAACUGCCCAGUGUGCAAAUCUAGAAGACCCAGAAAUGAUGCUAAAAGUAAAGGAACUGGUUGUAUGGUUCAGCCACACGCUAGCUGGGUACGGGUUCAGCGUCACUGCAUUGUAUGAUCUUUUGACCAAAAUGAGGGACCAAUACAAUGAAGUUCUAGCAAAGAAGUGGACGAAAGGUUUCAGUGAACUUGGUUCAACUGAUAACUACACGUCACUGUACAUCGCAAAUGAGGAGGAGCUUAGCAUUCUUGAAGAAUUCCCCAAACACUUAUGUCCUUCGAAGGUGGCCAAGUACAGUCGAACAACGGAUGGUUUUCCCAAGAUGUAUCCAUUUUCAGCCUACGUACCAAAAGCAUUCAAGCAGGUGAAAGAGUAUAUUUUAGCUUCUACAAGGUUCAAUGAAAACCUCAAUAUUAGCCGCACAGAGAUUGAUCAAGCUAUUAGAAAGUCCACCAACUUCUUGCUAACGAACGUUCUUAGUGGCUCACUGAAAACUUUGAUAGCACAUCCUGCCUUGAAUCUUGCGCAGCUUGUCCAGAUAUCUGUUAAUACAAUGCAUCUAGAAAAGGCUUGUCCUGAACUGGAAAAGUUUAUCUCAAGUGUAACUGGUGCUACUGAAGAGAGCGUCAGUGUUACGAAAUUAUAUGGCAGCUCAACCUUCAAGGACGUUCGAGCGGAAGCCGAGCAACGGAUUUUUGAAAAACUUAAUUCGAAAAUGGAUGAAUUCUUUGGACUCUCAAAUUACAACUGGAUGCCGACUUCACAGCGCUCACAUCCCAGCGAAUACCUCGUCGAUCUAAUUGCAUACUUACAAGGUGCCUUUAUCACCUUUGAAAGUCUUCCGGGAGACGUUGCAAAAACUGCCUGUAUGUCAUCGUGCAAGCAUCUGGCAACCAAGUUGAAAGAUUUUCUCUUGACGGAUGAGGUAAAACAGAUGAGCCUUAAUGGCUUGAAAGCAUUUAAUCUCGACUUAAAGCAUUGCGAAGACUUCGUUUCCUCAAAGCCAGUUGAAGGAUUUGAAGAGGGAAUGCUUGAGAUGACCUUUGUUGAGCUGAGACAGAUUGUAAACCUUCUGCUAGAUGGAGACUGGAAUACAUUCUGUACAGAAUACACCGAGUCAAAAGAGACUGGUAAUCGAAAAUAUGGAAGAGUUACCCCAGGACUGGCUGCAAAGCUGUAUGAGAAAAUUACCGACACCAAAAAGGGAAUUGCAGUGAAGAAAACCGAUCGGGAUAAAAAGAAGACGAAAGAAAAUAUUCUAAAGAGACUGCGAGAGCUUGACGCUGAAGGACGUUUGUAAAUUAUAAAAUAUGCUAAUAUGAAAUUGAAUUUGUAAAAUUAUGAUUCCAAAGCGUUUGGGCGAUCCUUGAAAGUCUAUAACUGCAAUUUUAAACUGUUUGGGAAUGACUUUGAAGAAACUCACCUCCCUAUUCACCUGUUUUUGCGAUUGUGUUUUAUUGUGCGAUCAUUUUGGCAUUAAGAGAACGAAGAUUACAGCCUUUCUGUUUUACAAGCUUUACGAGAAAAAAA